AUGGUACUCCAAAAUCUGGCUGACAAAGAAUCGUGCUUAUCAUUAAGUCUCCUCCUUCUUUCCUCCAUUCCCCUCCCACCAGUCCAUCCAUCCCUUCGUCUCUCCUCUCCGCUCACAUACAAACCCCAUUUUUGCAUCGCCUCCUCCGGCACCAUGACUAACGAUUCUCCGGAGGAGGAGAGCCGAGGAAGGAGAAUAACCCGGCCGAGCCGAGCGGACGACAAUGUCACCAUCCUGACAUCAUCCAUGGAUGUCUACAGAAAUCGCAGCCGAGCCAGCAGCAGCAACGACGCUGGCGCCAGCUUCACGUCCUCCGCCGAUCUCAGCACCUCCUCCCUGGAACUGAGCAUCCAGACGCGGAUCUUUAAGAUAAUCGUUAUCGGGGACUCCAACGUGGGGAAGACGUGUCUCACCUUCCGCUUCACCGGGGGGAGCUUUCCCGACAAGACGGAGGCUACCAUCGGCGUGGACUUCAGGGAGAAGGCGGUGGAGAUCGAAGGAGAGACGAUCAAGGUACAAGUAUGGGACACGGCAGGCCAGGAGCGAUUUCGAAAAUCUAUGGUGGAACACUACUACCGGAAUGUCCAUGCAGUAGUAUUUGUUUAUGAUGUCACCAAAAUGGCUUCCUUCCGCAACCUGCAAACAUGGAUAGAGGAGUGUAAUGGUCAUAGAGUAUCUGCAUCAGUACCUAGAGUCCUAGUGGGGAACAAGUGUGACCUAGUGGAACAAAUACAGGUGCCCUCCAACACGGCAUUGAAGUUUGCAGAUUCCCACAACAUGCUACUCUUUGAGACAUCUGCAAAAGACCCAAGGGAGAGUCAGAACGUGGACUCAAUCUUCAUGUCACUGGCCUGCCGCCUUAAGGCCCAAAAGUCUCUACUCUACAGAGAUGUAGAGAGAGAGGACGGGAGAGUGCGGCUCACGCAAGAGACUGAAACAAAGAGUAACUGUCUUUGUUGAAGGAAAAACGGAAUUGGUAGGAGGGAUGGAAGAGAAUACUGUACAGAAUAAUAACUGGGCAUGUCUAGGAAGGGCAGGAGAAGGAUAAUGGGGGAAACAGUGCAAGGUGAUGAUUACAACUAAAACUGGAAGUGAGGAAAUUGGAUAAAAGACGAGGUUUGAAUGAAAGCCACCGUAGCUGUAAGUUACAGAAGUCGGAUUUUGCUUACCUAUGUAGUAUGUACAGUAUAGGCCUUGGUAUAAUUUAUGCACACAGGACAAUACACUGGCAACAUGUUGGUAAUUUAUAACAAUGGUCUUAAACCCUAAGUGUUUUAACCACAAAGGGUAAUUUAUUUUGACCAGUAUUUCCACUGUUCUACUUUCCACUGUUAUAUACUCCUGCCUUAAAAAUGCACAUCUUACCAUUUUUAGGGACAGAAUCUGGGGAGAGUAUCAUAGAAGUUUCAGUAUACUGACUUGCCUAAAAUCACUGUGAACUAACUACAUAGGAAACAAGUACAUAUUCAAACACAGUACAGUAAAUAUCUACACCACCCUGUGAACAACGACAACCAGAUAGAAAGCAUCUCUAUAUUGUCAGACAAGGAGUCAGUUAUUAUUUAUGUUGGACAUUUUUAUGCAUUUAAGACAGGGUAGAUGCAGUCUUCUGUUUUGUAACAAAUUGUAAUGUAAACAUACUGUAUCCUUCCAGCUCAUAGUGGCUUCUGCAGUUUUGCCUUGUAUACUAUAACAAAGCCCCUCAAUGUCCGCCAUGUGAAAUACAUAUUCUGUACUAACGUUUGUUUAUGAACUGUCUUACUUGUAGAACUGUGGCUGCUGUAGACAAGGUUAUGAGAAUUGUGUCAUGCAUAAUAUAAAAUAUAAGUCUUACACGUUACACUGAAAUAACUCCCACAGGAAGUUGUGGGUAAAGGGAACACAAGUCACUGUUGCUGGCUGACAAGCUAAUCCGUAAACCUGUCUGUGCCUAGCAUACCCUAAUGAGGCCCAUUAACUGUCCAUUAUGAAGCCUACUUUUGAGCAGUACUAUGAAAUGCAUAGAGAGAAAGCAGCUGAGUGAGCAUUUCUGUCAGCCCUCCCAGCUGACAGCCUGGUGGCCUCAAUCAUUUUUUACAUUUGUAUACAUGAGAGAGGCAUUUGUAGAGAACUAACUGCUGCCUCCAUUCUUUUAAACUCACAUCUGCAAAAUCACUGGCUAUGUGGUUUAUGAAUACAAAACUGAAGCAAAAUGGCUGGGAAAAUAUUUUUUUUUACGGUAAUGCUUUAUUUAUUCUUGUUUUAUAAUGCUUAUUGAGUACAGAUUCAGGAAUUCAUUGUAAAAGUAAAUCUGACUGAGGGAGGAGUUAAGUCCAAGGUAUCCAGAGCAUAAUAACUUAAUGACUCUUUCGGAAUUGUUGUUAUUAUUUUUCAAAUUCAUAAUGGGUGAAUGGAUGAUAGAAGUGUGUCAUGUAAUUAAACAUAUUCAUUACGUA